CUGUCCCCCCUUCACCAAUCAGAGAAAUUUCCUUCAUUACAUUACAAACAUCACAUAAAUUUUCUUCUUCUUCUUGUCAUUUUCAAAACUCUCUAUUUUUUUUUAUUAUGGCGGGAAAAGGUGAAGGACCAGCAAUUGGAAUAGACUUAGGUACAACAUAUUCAUGUGUAGGAGUAUGGCAACAUGACCGUGUUGAGAUUAUUGCUAAUGAUCAAGGCAAUAGGACAACACCCUCUUAUGUUGGUUUUACUGAUACUGAACGUUUGAUUGGUGAUGCUGCUAAGAAUCAAGUUGCUAUGAACCCCAUUAACACUGUUUUCGAUGCUAAGCGUUUGAUUGGAAGAAGAUUUAGCGAUCCUUCAGUGCAGAGCGAUAUGAAAUUAUGGCCUUUUAAGGUAAUACCCGGGCCAGGCGACAAGCCAAUGAUCGUUGUCACGUAUAAGGGUGAGGAGAAGCAAUUUGCCGCUGAGGAGAUCUCCUCCAUGGUCCUAACCAAAAUGAAGGAGAUCGCCGAGGCUUACCUUGGCACGACAAUCAAGAACGCGGUUGUCACGGUCCCUGCUUACUUCAACGAUUCACAGCGUCAGGCAACUAAGGAUGCUGGUGUGAUUGCUGGCCUUAAUGUGAUGCGUAUAAUCAACGAACCAACAGCUGCUGCAAUUGCUUAUGGCCUUGACAAGAAGGCUAGCAGUGCUGGUGAGAAGAACGUGCUUAUUUUCGAUCUUGGCGGGGGUACUUUUGAUGUGUCUCUGCUCACAAUUGAAGAAGGUAUCUUUGAGGUUAAAGCCACUGCUGGUGAUACUCACUUAGGAGGUGAGGAUUUUGACAAUCGAAUGGUGAACCAUUUCGUUCAAGAGUUCAAGAGGAAGCAUAAGAAGGAUAUUAGUAGUAACCCGAGAGCGUUGAGGAGGUUAAGGACCGCUUGUGAGAGGGCAAAGAGGACUUUAUCAUCCACUGCACAAACUACAAUUGAAAUUGAUUCGUUGUAUGAAGGGGUUGAUUUUUACACGAGUAUUACUCGGGCAAGAUUCGAGGAGAUGAACAUGGACUUGUUCAGGAAGUGUAUGGAGCCAGUGGAGAAGUGUUUGAGAGAUGCCAAGGUGGAUAAAAGCAGCGUCCACGACGUGGUUCUUGUUGGUGGAUCGACUAGGAUCCCAAAAGUUCAACAAUUACUUCAGGACUUUUUCAAUGGUAAGGAGCUUUGCAAGAGUAUCAACCCGGACGAAGCAGUUGCUUAUGGGGCGGCUGUGCAAGCUGCAAUUCUGAGCGGUGAAGGCAACGAGAAAGUUCAAGAUUUGUUGUUGUUGGAUGUCACUCCUCUGUCUCUUGGUUUAGAAACUGCUGGAGGUGUAAUGACUGUGUUGAUUCCGAGAAAUACAACCAUUCCCACCAAGAAAGAGCAAGUGUUCUCUACAUACUCGGACAACCAACCCGGUGUUUUGAUCCAGGUGUUCGAGGGAGAACGAGCGAGGACCAAGGACAACAACUUGUUAGGCAAGUUUGAACUCUCUGGCAUUCCCCCUGCUCCAAGGGGUGUUCCUCAAAUCAAUGUCUGCUUCGACAUUGAUGCCAAUGGCAUCCUCAACGUCUCCGCUGAAGACAAAACUACUGGACAGAAGAACAAGAUAACUAUCACCAAUGACAAAGGUCGGCUCUCCAAGGAAGAGAUCGAGAGAAUGGUGCAAGAAGCCGAGAAGUACAAGUCUGAAGACGAAGAGCUCAAGAAAAAGGUGGAAGCUAAGAAUGCGUUGGAGAAUUACGCUUACAACAUGAGGAAUACUAUAAAAGAUGAUAAGAUUAGCUCACAACUCUCGGCUGCUGAUAAGAAGAAGAUUGAGGACGCGAUCGAUGAAGCUAUCAAGUGGCUAGACAGCAACCAACUUGCAGAGGCUGAUGAAUUCGAAGACAAGAUGAAGGAACUGGAAAGCGUAUGCAAUCCGAUCAUUGCCAAGAUGUAUCAAGGUGGUGCUGGUGGAGCUACUAUGGAUGAGGAUGCUCCUUCCGUUGGUGGUGGUGCUGGAGGCGGAAGUGGUCCGGGACCAAAGAUUGAAGAAGUGGAUUAAGAGUUUUUGUGACAAUUGUUUGCUUGUUUGUUAUUAAGAUGUGCUGUCAAUUUUUUUCGUGAUCUCUGGUAGUU